UUCUUUUCGUUCGAUCUCAUUCUCAUCUAACGCCUUUUUCUCUGAGAGUACCAUCUUCCUUUGCUUCUGCACUGCACUCCUCAAAGGUGAAGAAAAGUGCUGAACGCAGGCACAACCCUAACACUCAAUUCUCUGAAAAGAAAGUUUGAACUUUUAUUUCUCAGAAUUUCAGGGGUUACCCACGAAAACCCGGAUGUAAAAGCUUCAUCUUUGAGCUUAAAAGCUAUGACCCACUGAAUUUUUUCGUUGCUGAGGAGAUAUGUCGAGUUCUGACCCGAAAAGCCGACCCAAACCCGGUCCCGGUCCAUGGCCACCGGCGCCUGAAGCUGCUCCAUUGCCGCCGUCUUCCUGGGCCAAGCGUACAGGCUUCCGCCCCAAGUUCUCUGGGGAGACCAAUGUCAGUGACUCUGGUCAAAUGUCCUUGCCGCCGAGGCCUAGAGAGCCGGAUAACCAGCCGGAUCUUGAGGCGGGUAGGGCGCGGCCUUUGCCGGUGGCUAAUGGGGAGCCAGAGGGGCAGAAGGUUGUGGCGGAUAAGGAUCAGAAAGUUAAGAGGAGGAGGGAUUCUGACGGUCUACCCAAAGGGCCCAGUCCGGGGCAGAACGGUACGGCAAAUUCUAAUGGACACGCAGGAGCUAACGGGGCAACCGAAGCGGCACCACGGAGGGUGACGAGGAAUGAAGAGAUAGUGGAUGUCUUGCCACAGAGCACGGAUGAUGAUGGGUUUGUGGGUAGUAGGCCCUCGCAUAUGAUGUAUGAGCUCAGAGAUACGCCUGGUCUUGUCCCCAUUGGUUUAUAUGGAUUCCAGCAUUAUCUUUCCAUAUUGGGUUCAUUGAUUCUUUUUCCACUCGUCAUAGUACCUGCUAUGGGUGGCAACUCUGAAGAUACUUCAAACGUUGUUUCAACUGUGCUCUUUGCGUCGGGAGUGACUACGCUUUUGCAUACAACUUUUGGCUCGAGGUUGCCUCUAAUACAAGGUCCAUCAUUUGUUUUCCUAGCUCCAGCAUUGGCUAUGAUUAACUCUCCAGAGUUUCGAGGACUGAAUGGAAAUAAUUUCAAGCAUAUUAUGAAGGAGUUACAGGGAGCUAUUAUCGUAGCUUCAGUAUUUCAAGCAUUUCUAGGGUAUAGUGGAAUGAUGUCACUAUUUUUGAGGUUGAUCAAUCCAGUGGUUGUGGCACCUACCAUUGCUGCUGUUGGACUUUCUUUUUAUAGCUAUGGUUUUCCACUGGUUGGUACCUGUAUCGAGAUUGGUGCUGUGCAGAUAUUGCUGGUUAUCAUUUUUUCUCUUUACCUUCGUAAGGUAUCCAUUCUUGGUCAUCGCAUUUUUCUCAUCUAUGCGGUUCCUUUGAGUCUUGUGAUUACCUGGGCAGUUGCGUUCCUCAUCACUGAAACAGGAGCCUAUAGCUACAAAGGUUGUGAUCCUAAUGUACCUACCUCAAAUAUAAUAUCCGAGCAUUGCAGAAAACAUAUUUCCAGGAUGAAGAACUGUCGAGUUGAUAUGUCUCAUGCAUUGAAAUCCUCCCCCUGGUUUAGGUUUCCUUAUCCUUUACAAUGGGGAACUCCUGUUUUCCAAUGGAAAAUGGCCCUAAUUAUGUGUGUGGUUUCCAUAAUUGCAUCAGUAGAUUCGGUUGGCUCAUACCAUGCUUCAUCGUUGCUGGUAGCAUCGAGACCUCCUACUCAAGGAGUUCUUAGUCGAGGAAUUGGGCUUGAAGGCUUAUCUAGUGUGUUAGCUGGUCUUUGGGGUACAGGAAGUGGGUCCACCACUCUAACUGAAAAUGUGCAUACCAUUGCUGUCACUAAAAUGGGUAGCCGCAGGGCUGUUGAAUUGGGUGCCUGCAUUUUUAUAAUCUUAUCUCUUGUAGGAAAAGUUGGAGGAUUCAUCGCCUCAAUUCCUCACGUCAUUGUUGCUGCUCUCCUGUGCUUCAUGUGGGCAAUGCUUACAGCAUUGGGUUUGUCGAAUCUACGUUACAGUGAGGCUGGAAGCUCUCGGAAUAUCAUAAUAGUUGGAUUAUCUUUGUUUUUCUGCCUCUCAAUACCAGCUUACUUUCAGCAAUAUGGCAUCUCUUCACACUCCAACUCUUCUGUCCCAAGUUACUUUCAACCAUAUAUUGUGGCUUCUCAUGGACCUUUCCGCAGCAAAAACGGAGGGGUGAACUAUGUCAUGAACACGUUACUAUCACUACACAUGGUGAUAGCAUUCCUUGUAGCUGUUAUACUAGACAACACUGUGCCUGGAAAUCAACAAGAACGUGGAGUGUAUGUUUGGUCUGAACCAGAGACCGCAAGAAGGGAGCCUGCAGUCAUCAAAGACUAUGGGUUACCCUUCCGGGUGGGUCAGGCUUUCCGAUGGGCGAAGUGGGUUGGGCUAUGACAAUUUUUGGGUGGAACAUGAUAAGCCAGCUUCAUGGCAUCAAGCUCAUGGUCGCCAUUCAUUGUGCUUUUGAACAUAUAUUUAUUCCCCUAAAGCUUUUCAUAUGGUAAAUAGCUCUCCCAAGUUUUCUGCAUUUUUUUGUUUCUCCUCACACGGUAGGACUCUUUUUUGGGACUUGUAAUAUAUAUAUGUAGGGCAAUAGGCAACGUUAUUUGUGCACAUUGAGGAUCCUGGUGGUGCUGUAAUUUUAAAUUAAAAAACCUUUGUAUCUAGUUUUUGAGCAUGAUGAAUCUCAGAAUUUGCCCUUUUGUAUAAUAUAUGUAUUUCCAUUAU